AUGUCAUUAAAAAGAACCAGGGCAACACCAAAACUAAAUAGAGCAUGCAUGCUUUGUGGAGUGGUUCAAUCGAUGACGGAGUUCAGGAAUGAUGGCUGUCCUAACUGCGAAUCUGUGUUACAUUUCACAGACAAUGAAGAUAUGAUAAGGGAAUGCACUUCGCCUACAUUUGAAGGAUUAGUUGCGUACAAAGGAGAAAAGACAUCAUGGGUGGCAAGGUGGCUACGAAUCGAGAACUUUGUUCCGGGAAUGUACGCUGUUCGUGUUUCAGGAAAACUUCCUGAAGAUAUAAGUGGCGAUUUGUACUCACAAGGGAUAGAGUACAGGCCUAGGGAUGGGAGUGUACGUGAUUAG